AUGGUUGUUUGGGGGCUUCUCUUCUUCUCCACCUAUACAUUACUCAUUCUGUUCUGGGCAGAGGUUUACGACCAGGCAAGAAGCUUCGCCAUUGAUAAUCUUCGACCCACAUACUUUAAAAUCAAUGUGGUUGUAUACAUCAUACAGAUAUGCAUAUGGAUAUUCAUCAAACUCAGUGGAAGCCCUGCAGGAGUUGAUAUUGCAAAGCUAAUUUUUUCAGUUAUUUCAUUUUGUGCUGCUAUGGGAUUCUUGAUAUAUGGUGGAAGGUUGUUUGUCAUGCUGCGACAUUUUCCCAUUGAAUCCAGGGGACGGCAGAAGAAGCUGCAUGAGGUGGGGUUUGUGACUGGAGUUUGCAGCAUAUGUUUCUUGAUCAAAUGCAUAGUGGUUGGUAUUUCUGCCUUUGAUGAGGCUGCUGAUAUUGAUGUUCUUGUUCAUCCAAUUCUAAAUCUCAUUUAUUACAUGAUGGUGGAAAUCUUGCCUUCUGCAAUGGUGCUCUUCAUCCUCCGGAAAUUGCCGGCAAAAUGAGUGUCCGACCAGUACCACCCAAUUCAAUGACACGGCCGGCGGCCCAUAAACGUUGAAGAUCAGAUCAGAGGAUGUUCCGGCCGGCAGUUUUGCUUAUUAUUAGUACGAUGAUGUUACAAUAGGCCAUGUUUGUGUGUGUUUAAUUUAUCAGCUUUGUCUGUUGUCUUCACUUUGAUCAGUACUAUAAUUUUACAUGUAGCAUUCAGUAUUUCGAG